CCCAUGUCAAGCGUCGCACACGGAGUUGGAGGAGGCGCGGCGGCGCCGGCUGGGGCGGACUCGGAUCUCGAGACCAACGUGGUGAUCAUCCUGGCCGUGCUCUUCUUCGGGCUGCUCCUCAUAAUCGCAGUCAACUCGCUGGCGCGGUGCGCGCUCCGGUACGUGGGGCGCGGGGCCGCGGCCGCGGCAGCCGCCGGCGAGGGCCGGGCGUCGGCGCGGGUGGCCUGCAGCGGCAUCAAGAGGCGCGUCCUGAGGAGCCUCCCCGUGGAGGUGUACGGCUCCGGGGAGGACAUCGACGACGUGUGCGCCAUAUGCCUGAGCGAGUUCGUGGACGGCGAGAAGGUGCGCGUGCUGCCGCUGUGCGGGCACGGCUUCCACGUCCACUGCGUCGACGCCUGGCUGGUGUCCCGCGGCUCCUGUCCAACAUGCCGGCGGCCGGUCAUCGAGAAGGGCGCCAGCGGGGGUGUCGCCCAAAGCCAGCGCCCAACGGAGACGGACACGAUCAUCACCGUGGUGAUCGUGUGAGUUCAUCGCGCGACGAAGCAUGCCAUUGCUGCCGGCACAGCACAGCCCAGCAUGCGCAAGCUCCUGUGGAAUUUUCAGGCGCUGAUUAUUACCGGAAUGUAUAUAUGAUCGAGAUGCUCAAUUGCUCAUGUAAAUAUUUAACGGCGCAAAGCGCUGUACUGACAUACCAGCAGUAAACAGUUUUGCUGAAUUA